AUGGACGCCAGGGCGAAGCCAGUGGAGACGAUCCUUGAUAGCGAGGGCAUAUCUCAGCGGCGGGACAAGACAGAGGCGCUGCGCCGUGCCAUGGGAUUCGGCGGGCGUGCGGCCACCGUUGGGGCUCCGCCGUGCCUCGGAGGAAAGACAGUGGCGGUACCGCUGGCGUACAGCGCAGAGUGUGCCGCAAAGAGGGAUAAGGAAUAUAUGCAGGCAACGCGUGGGGGACAGUAUCAGCCACCGAGGCUCCCACCUAUUGGGCGGGCCCUAGAGAAGGAGCGGCUUCUGACCACCAAAAACGUGACUGUGGAUGCGACAGGGGAAUACCUCAGCGAGAACGUUGAUGAGUACCCCGCAACAAGCAGCGAAUGUUGGGGGCAAUUUAUGGCCUACAAGGACGACCCAAUGCAGCGGACAAAGCUUCGCGAGGCGUACGAGUGA